GUCGCUUGCUCCAAUCCACCAUGGUCCUCGCCGACUUGGGCAGGAAACUCAAUGCUGCCCUCUCCUCCCUCAACAGGGCACCUGUCGUCGACGAGAAGGUCCUAGAUGCUCUGCUGAAGGAGGUCUGCGCCGCGCUCCUUGAGUCAGACGUGAACGUCAAGCUUGUUGCAACGCUUCGGCAAAAGGUCAAAGCCAAAGUAAAAGCAUUAUUUGAGGGCGGAGCAGACAAAGGAAAGGAUACGAACAGGAAGACCGUCGUGCAGAAGGCUAUCUUCGAUGAACUAGUGCAACUAGUUGACCCCGGCGUCGAGCCUUACAAGCCAAAGAAGGGACAGCCCAAUGUUAUCAUGGCUGUCGGUCUGCAGGGAAAUGGCAAGACGACAACCUGCACGAAGCUUGCUGUCUACUAUCAGAAGCGCGGCUUUAAGUCCUGCAUUGUCUGCGCAGAUACUUUCCGUGCGGGCGCGUUCGACCAGACGCGGCAAUCUGCAACCAAAGCCAAGGUCGCGUACUUCGGUUCGUACACCGAGACGGACCCGGUCGCAAUCGCCGCACAGGGUGUAGCAAAGUUCAAGAAGGAGCGAUUCGAAGUCAUCAUUGUUGAUACUUCCGGCAGGCAUAAGCAGGAGAGUGAGCUCUUCGAGGAGAUGGUUCAGAUCGGGGAGGCGGUCAAGCCGAACAUGACGGUGCUCGUCUUGGAUGCCAGCAUAGGCCAGGCCGCUGAGGCGCAGGCUCAUGCAUUCAAGGACAGCGCAGACUUCGGUGCGAUUAUCGUCACGAAGAUGGACGGUCACGCGAAGGGUGGAGGUGCUAUCUCUGCGGUUGCUGUGACGAAGACGCCAAUCAUCUUCCUUGGUGUCGGCGAGCACUUGCAUGACCUCGAUAAGUUCGCGCCACAGCCGUUCAUCUCGAAGUUGCUCGGCAUGGGUGAUGUACAGGGCCUCAUGGAGCACAUGCAGGACAUCGCGACACAGAACCCCGACAAGCAAAAAGAGAUGGCGAAAAAGCUCGAGGAAGGCAAGCUCAGCAUCCGGGACUGGCGCGAGCAGAUCCAGAACGUCAUGAACAUGGGCCCCAUCUCCAAGAUCGCAUCCAUGAUACCUGGCCUCCCACAAGAUCUCCUGCAAGGCGGAGACGAAGAGGGUGCACUGCGCAUGAAGCGCAUGAUCUACAUCACCGACAGCAUGACCUCGCGCGAGCUCGACUCGGACGGGGCGCCCUUCCUCGAACACGGAAAAGACGGUAAGCCCGUCGGGCUCACCUGGCGCGUCACGCGUGUUGCGCGCGGUAGCGGCACGUCCGUGCGCGAGGUCGAGGAGCUCCUUUGCCAGUACCGCAUGAUGGCGAACAUGGCGAAGCAGGCCGGUGGCAAGAACGGCUGGCUCCAGGCCGCGCAGAAGAUGCAGGCCGCGGCUGGCGGGCGGGGUCGCGGCGCGAACGGCAUGCCGACCCCUGCGCAGAUCCAGGCGAUGCAGCGCUCGAUGCCCCGGGAUGCUCCAGCAGAUGCAGCGCCAGAUGCGCGGCGGCGGCGGUAUGCAGGAAAUGAUGAAGCGAUGAUGCAGGGGCAGGGAGGCGACCAAUUCGACAUGGAAGAGAUGCAGAGGAUGAUGUCGCAGAUGGGUGGCGGCCUCGGUGGUCUAGGUGGUUUGGCCGGCGGUAUGCCAAACAUGGGUGACAUGUUCAAGAUGAUGGGCAUGGGUGGUGGCACUCCCCGUUAGAUCUAUAGUUCACCUUUAGGUUGCAUACUAGGUACUGUACUGUAGCAUACGUAUCUCCAUUUCCCCUCUAUAGCAUGAACGGCCCUACAUCUGGGUUUCCCUUGUCAAUGAUCAGUCAGCGCAGUCGAGUCCCACUCAUCACACAAAUAUGCAGCAAGUCGACUCUCCUGUUCCUGAGAUAUAAGUACACACAAAGGAACGACCACCACA